AUGGAGGUUCACCGUUGUCGCUUUGUCGAGUAUCAACCAGCUGCUAUCAAUGCACUCGACUUCACACCUGUCACUGUUAAGAACACACGUCUAGCUGUAGGCAGAGCCAACGGCAAUAUUGAGAUCUGGGAUCCUACUUUUAAAUACCGUCUUGAAAAGACAAUACCCGGUGGAGAAGAUCUAUCUGUUGAAAGUGUUGUAUGGGCACACCAAUCUGCGAUUGCCAAUCCUGAUCCUGAAGACGAACCAGAGGAAUUAGCCAAAGAACUCGAAUUGCUUUUACAGAAACCACCUCGUCUUUUUUCUUCUGGUCUUAAUCCUUACAUUAUCGAAUGGGACACUACGACCAUGACAGCCAAGAAAUCAUGCGACUCCAAUGGCGGUGCUGUUCGAUGUUUAGCUGUGAACAGUAAAGGUACACGUUUAGCAGCAGGUUGCGAGGAUGGUUGUGUUCGUUUGUUUGAUAUUGCCGAUGGAAACCUUGAAUAUAUUCGCAGUUUUGAACCACAAAAAGGCCGUAUAUUGUCAGUUGCUUGGGCACCUCAUGAUGAGUACAUUGUCUCGGGUGGAUCUGAUUCAGCCAUUCGUACCUGGAAUCCUCAUACAGGACGCACUAUACAUCGGAUGACAGUAGCCAAGAACCCUAAAGAGCAAACGUUGGUGUGGGCAGUGACUGCUAUUAAGGGCGAUACGAUUGUAUCUGGUGAUUCUCGAGGUGCUGUCACUUUUUGGAACAGCAAGAUGGGUACAGUCAAACAAAGCAUUCGUGCUCAUGGUGCUGAUGUACUUUGCCUUGCUGCUUCUAAAGACGGCACUCAAGUCUUUUCGGCUGGUGUGGAUCGUAAAAUCACUGUGUUUCGUCGUUCAACAAAACAAAAGAAGAAAGACACGAUCACAGACUGGAUCAAUGUGGGCAGUCGUCGAUAUCACUGGCAUGAUAUUCGUGCUUUAGCCUUGGAUGAAAGACCCCAUGUCAACUCGAUUGUGUCUGGCGGUGUGGAUGUUGAACUUGUCUCUUGUCCUGCUGUAGAGUUCCCUAAACUGAUUCAGAACAGACUGCCUCCUUUUCCUCAGAAAUACAUUGUGUCUAUCUCCAGAUCACAUCAACUUGUUAUGGCUUCUUUCUUUAAUUCGCUUUCACUCUGGCGAUUAGGUAAAGCACAAGAUGUAGACACAGCAUCCAAACAUCCUGCACUUCCUGAGAUGGUUGAACCUCAUCAGCUCGCCUUGGAACUCAAGUUAAAUCCUGAUUGCAAUAUCACAUCCAGCGCUCUCUCUGAAGAUGCCAAUUGGAUUGCUGUUUCUGAUGUAGAGCAUGUUCGACUCUUUCGAAUCCAUAAAGGCUCUGAACCAGGUCAAUUGGAAGUCAAGAAACAAAGAGCAUUUGAAAAAGAAUUGUUUGGUUAUUUAGGUCAACACCAUGCUGCACCAGGCGCUCACCAUGUAGUCUUUACGCCUGGGUCAGACAAGCUGAUUAUAGUGACACCUGAAUCACGUAUUCUAGUGGUAGAUUUAACGCAUUGGGAAGAAGGUGCUUUUGAAGUAUUGCGUGAAUUUGGACAUCACCGUGGACUAGACAGUGAAGGAAACUCUUCAGAUGAUGCGGCUGUCUCUACAGUGGUCUCUAUUGAUGUCAGUUCAGAUGGUCAAUGGUUAGUGACUGGUGACGAUGAGAAUCGUAUUCAUGUCUUUAACUUGGAUAAUUUAAAGCAUCAUCUUAAAUUACCUCAAGGCUCUAUUCCUCAUACAGCCUUGUCAUUCAAUCAAUUCAGACCUUCUGAAUUACUGGUGGCUUUGGCAACCAAUGCAUUCUAUAUCUAUGACAUUGAACAUAAACGCCUUACAAGUUGGUCAAGUAUACACCAAGACAUGUCCAAAUCACGACUUUUAGAACAAAGAGACCGUAUUCGUGGUGUCAUGUACAAUCCCUCAGAAAAAAACAAAAUGAUUCUCUAUGGCAGCACAUUCAUGUGUCUUGUCGACAUUCAAGAUAAACCCACAACAAAAAAACUAGGCAAGCGAAAAUCACAAGAAGAAACUCGACCCAAAGAAGAAGAGAUGUCGAUUAAACCAAAUGGUCAUGAUAGAAAGGCCCAAGUUUAG